GAAGGUAAACUUUCUAGCUGAUGUCCCUAGCACGUUCUUUUGUGUCAACGCUCAGUGCAGUAGAGUUGAGGUACAUUACUGCAAGGAAAUUCUCUUCAACUAAUAAUGUAUUAAAUCAAUUGGGACGAAACGAUUCAGAACAAACACCAUCAUCAAAACCAAGGUUCGGCGAAAGGAAUCGAAAACAUCCCGGAGUACCAUUCAGAUCUGGGGACGAACGUAAGAGUGAUAGAGUACCCAAAUUUGGCGAUAAAAAGACUCCAUUGCUAAAUCACAGUGGUCUCAAAGAUAUCCCGACAAAUAUAUCAAAGCCAUUGUAUCCGCUAUUACGAUCACCAUAUUUUGCAAGCAAACCAGAUCCACUACAAAGUCAGGCAUUUUUCUAUCCUUCAUUCAUUAAACAUCUUGGGGAAAAGAAGCCAUCGACCAAGGAGAAAAUGGCUCCUAUGUCCAAAGAUGCGAGAACACAACCUUCAAGAGCCUCAGGUGGUGUCCCAAACCCUACCAGCGACUACCUAGAAAAGUCCUAUACCAAGCCAGAUCAAGCACCCGUUCCCUCCCCUCUGGCCCGCCAUCUCCUCGUCGUCAUCGAUCUAAAUGGCACGCUUCUCUACCGCCCCAACCGCAAAUCUCCUACUAAAUUUACUGCCCGUCCGCACGCUGAGAAGUUCCUACAAUACUGCAUCGAUACCUUUUCUGUCGUAAUCUGGUCAUCAGCUAGAUCGCAAAAUGUGAUCCCCAUGUGCAAAACUAUUCUCACUCCCAAGCUCCGACAAAAUAUUAUUGCCAUUUGGGGUCGCGAAACCUUCGGUCUCAGUUCCAUGGAUUACAAUACUCGUGUACAAUGUUACAAACGUCUCACUAAACUCUGGAACGAUCCCCAGAUCGCAGCUUCGCACCCCGAUGCUCAAAAUGGUGGCAGAUGGGACCAGACAAAUACAGUAUUGAUUGAUGAUUCCAGCGAGAAAGCCCGCAGUGAACCUUUCAAUCUGAUCGAGAUUCCAGAAUUCUUUGGCGAUAACAAGGAAGUCGGAGAUGUCUUGCCACAAGUUCAUGAUUACUUGAAUUUCCUUAGCAUGCAUGAGAAUGUCAGCGCUGCGAUUCGACAUUCGCCAUUUGUUCCACAGCCCAAGGCUGAUCCUCGUGAGGCUACAGGUUUGAAUUUACCCAUCCAUCCACCCAAAGCUUUAGGUCCUGCUAGAGUUCCGUCUCCAGUUGAACCGGUGUAUCAGCCCUCAUACUCGAGUGAUACCGUACCCUCAAAGUAUCAACCGAUGCUUGGAAAUUCGGAGAAGUGGUAAUUUGGUCCAUUAACCGCUUUCUACUACCGAAACUUCAUGCCAUCAAGAUCACUUGGUACAUUCUUUUCUUUAUGAUACCCUUUUUCAACAUACUUCUGGGCUUGUGUAUAGGUGGGGCAUCAGGAUAGCAUAAGGCAUCACAGCAUAAAAUGGCGUUUACGAUGGUAUUCAAUAUAUAGUGGCA